AGACGCGCCGGGCUUCAGGUGAGAUCCAGGACCCUGCGCCGGGGCGGCGGGGUCGGGCGGGCUGAGGCCGCGUGUCCCGGGUCGCAGGUCCCCGCGCGUUGUUUCCGCCCCGGCCUGCGGCGGGGACGCCUGAACUGGGCUGACCCUGCCCUACCGGCCCGCAGAAAAGCAGGCCGGGCGCCGCCUGUCUCCAGCCCUCGCUCUGCUCGGGGGUCCAGGGCCAGAGGGGGCGGCGCUGGUCGUUGGGACUCGGCCCAGCUGCCGCGGCCAGCAAGUGACCAACGCCCGAGUCCUUCCCGGCUGCUGCCCCAUUGGAAGAUUACUCCCCAGGCUUCCCUUGCCCCAAGCAGUGAGCUGACUGGAAUGGUACCCCGGGAGGCCCCUGAGUCUGCUCAGUGCCUGUGCCCUUCCCUCACCAUCCCAAAUGCCAAGGAUGUGCUUCGGAAGAGGCACAAGAGAAGGAGCCGACAGCACCAGCGGUUCAUGGCCCGGAAGGCCUUGCUGCAGGAGCAGGGGCUGCUGAGCAUGCCUCCAGAACCAGGGUCCUCCCCACUGCCCACCCCUUUCGGGGCAGCAACAGCAACUGAAGCUGCCAGCAGCGGGAAGCAAUGUCUGAGGGCUGGAUCUGGCAGUGCCCCAUGCAGCAGAAGGCCUGCUCCCGGGAAAGCCUCAGGGCCCUUGCCCAGCAAGUGUGUGGCUAUCGACUGUGAGAUGGUGGGCACGGGACCCCGAGGACGGGUGAGCGAGCUGGCCCGCUGUUCCAUUGUGAGCUACCAUGGCGAUGUCCUCUAUGACAAGUACAUCAGGCCUGAGAUGCCCAUCGCUGACUACCGUACUCGCUGGAGUGGCAUCACUCGGCAGCACAUGCGCAAGGCUGUCCCCUUCCAGGUGGCCCAGAAAGAGAUCCUUAAGCUCCUGAAGGGCAAGGUGGUGGUGGGGCAUGCGCUGCACAACGACUUCCAGGCGCUCAAGUAUGUCCACCCUCGGAGCCAGACCCGGGAUACCACCUAUGUCCCAACCUUCUUCAGCGAGCCCGGCCUCCACACCCGGGCCCGGGUCUCUCUAAAGGACCUGGCCCUGCAGCUGCUGCACAAGAAGAUCCAGGUGGGCCAGCACGGGCACUCAUCAGUAGAAGAUGCCACGACAGCCAUGGAGCUCUACCGGCUGGUGGAGGUGCAGUGGGAACAGCAGGAGGCCCGCAGCCUCUGGACCUGCCCCGAGGACAGAGAACCUGACAGCAGCACAGACAUGGAACAGUACAUGGAGGACCAGUACUGGCCCGAUGACCUGGCCCACGGCAGCAGAGGAGGAGCCAGGGAGGCACAGGACAGAAGGAAUUGAGAAGGGGGCGGGGCUCCCUGGCUGGGCUUCCGGUGUGGCCGGUAGGAAGUGGGGGCCAGGAGAGCAGCGGGCACUCCUUCCUGGGCAGGGUGGGGCAGGAUGCAGUGAGCCAGCCCCAGGGCCAGAGGAGUUGGGGUCAUCUGUUACCUUGACACCCUCUGCUCACAGCAUAGCCCUCUCUCUCUCCAGGGCUGUUGGUUCUUUCUCCUGACUCCUGUGGUUUUGCUAAUGGCACUUUACAGACUCCAUGGAGAUGUCAGGUGGACCAUCUUCUAGGGCCCAGCAGGAGUAGGGAAUGUGCCAACAGACUGCCCAGGUUGCCGUGGCCUUCCCCACCCCCCAGAUCUCCUGAGUCAUCGUGCUGUGCUAAUGAAAGGGAUCAUAUCAUCCUCUCUGGGGAUGGUGGGUGGGGGUGUCAAUAUCCUGGAGCUCCCUUACCCCAACUCAAUGACUUGGGGUAAAGUUCUCUUCCUUUUGUUGCCUACCUCUUCCUCCACUCAUUUGGGUUCAGAAUAAACAUGCCCUGAAGUUAAAGAGGAGUUAAGUCCUAAAGGAGGCAUUUCUUCCCCACCUCCCUGACCUGGAACUCUGGCUACAGCCAUUGUAGGAACUCCGUGCCUGGCCUGUCAGCUCCCUGCUAGGCUACGGUGGAAUAGCAGAGCCCACAGGCUUCUCGUGGGGAGUUGGCUCCUUAACAUGCUUGGCAACAGAAAGCCUCAGGCACAGCUCAGGGAGGAGGGAAGGCAGGUAAGCUUUGGACGAGAACUGGCAUAUUUAUUUUGACCCAAAUCAGGGAUUUCCCCAGUCCACCCCGUACUGGGCUCUUAAGCAAAAGUCUGAGAAACAAGACAGUGGUUUGAAUUCUGGGGCCUUUGUGUAGAAUUGUGCCUGACCUUUAUUUAUUUAUUAAGAGCAGGGCCACUCGUCUAGGGGAGUGGAGUCUGCGUGUCUCCUGGGGCUGGGGCAGGGCAUUGGCGGUUAUGCAGUGGCCCUGAACCUGGUCUGGUGCCCCCUCAGCUCUUUGACAAUCACUGUGGCUGUUGGGUUUUCUCCCAUUUCUAAAAAUUUUCUCUUCUUUCCUAAGUGACAGUUUUGAAGUAUUGGAUAACCAAGAGCUCAGGUCACACAGACCUUGGAGCCCCACCUUUGCUUGCAGCUUAGCUUUGAGAUACUAAGCAAGCGAGGGACUUCACUCUUAAGCCUGUUUUUUCCCCAUCUGUAAAAUGGGGAUAGUGGUACGGCCUACCUCAUAGGGUUGUAAUGAGCACUAAAUGUGAAGUGCUUGGCACAGUGCCUGGCACAUGGUGAGCCACAGCUACUGUGAGUUUCUGUUUAUCCCUUUUUUUUUUUUUUAAGCCUAAAAAAGGGCCACAACAUUGUUUAUUCUUUGAGAAUUUGUUGUAACUUCUUCAGGAUAACACCUGAGUCCACAGGCUGAGCAGCUGUGGCCCAGACAGAACUGCUCCGGCUUGGUUGUUCCAGCAGGUGGGGCGCUGGCCUCGGUGAGGGCACAGCAGCAAGGUUCACGGAUAUCCGUGUGUCUUGUUUGUGGCCACCAGGCACAGGUUUGGCUUCCGGUCAGUGUCCCGACACUGUGCGGGAGGUGACAACAGAGCAAAGCAGCACAGGGGUCAGGGAGGUAGGGACACUGCUGAAAUCACACUACCCCACCCUCAGCUGAAGCCCCACGUUCCACAAACUUGGGGUCAUAGAUUGUCCAGUCACUGGCUCCCUCCCUGUCAGCACAGCACAGAGGAAGGGGCUAACUGAAUCUUUUACCACUUCUGGCCUGGCUCCAGAACUUUGUUCUAGAUUCCUUAAAAGUCGGUAGCUGAUGUCAAACUCAACUGAGCAGCAGCUUUGAUCCCUUGGUCUGGGGGUCGAAGGAAGAUGGCGCUGUUAUCAGCGGGGAAAUGUACUAUUUAAGAUCAGCUUUGUUGUAAAACCAUUUGUUCUAGAAUAAAACUCAAUUGGAAAAGUG